CCGCUCUCCAAUCUUGCCCAAUGCCUACCUCAUCUACACACGCGAUUUGCGGUGACAGCAUUGUCCCAUCACACAGAGCCAACGAACCUCUGGCUGCCACCGAUAAUGUUGCACAAGCCGAUGCCCGUCCUCGCGUUCCUGACGACCUGAGCUAUAGCCUGAAUCGUUUUCUUGACAAAAGCAAGGAGACAGCACACGGUUGUCAGCGUCCACCACUGGGGUUUGGCAAGGUGCAGUGCGACGCUGAAGCAGAGAUUGAAGCGGAAACCCGCACACGCAGAGAGUUGCGCGCCUUUGAUGUCCAAUUCUUUGGUGCAAGGUCGGCUGGUAAACAAGCGCAUUGAUGAUUAGACAAUGUUUUGAUGAGAUCGUGUGUGAAAUGCAGACUUGUUUAGACUAUGAUGUACUUAAAGGCUUUGUGUGUCAG